GUCAGUCAGUGUCUUUGACGCCGAUAUGCGUUGCGCUGUCGCCAAGCCCGAAAGCGCCAUUCCCGAAUAAUCGAGAGCGAAAGAAUUCGCGGUGUUCCCGAGUGUCGCGGGGGGAGCAGAUCUUUUGGCAGUUUCGUGACGAGCGAGGUUGCAGGAUCGGGAAAAUCUGCGCUCGCGGGAUCGCUGAUUACUCCGAAUGGCGACGGUUUUAGGCACCUUUUCCGUUCUCAAGGAUCACGUCAAGCUCAAAGUCUCGCAGGAUGCGACGAGGAUCGACAACAUAGUUUUCAGACUCCACUACCGAGCGACCUUUCUCGCGCUGCUCGUCGCGACGCUUUUGGUCUCGACGAAGCAGCUCGUCGGCGAGCACAUAAAAUGCAUCAGCGACGAGGGGAUACCGGAAGCGGUGAUCGACACGUUCUGCUUCUUCACGUCGACGUUCACAGUCACGAAACACAUGAACGUGACGAUGCUGGCGGGCGGCGCGAUCCCCCAUCCCGGCGUCGGUCCAGUCAACAACGAGGAUGCCGUCGUCCAUCACGUUUACUAUCAGUGGGUCCCUUUCGUCCUCUUUUUCCAAGCGAUUUGCUUCUACGUUCCCCAUUAUCUUUGGCGCAGUAACGAAGGCGGACGUUUGAAGAUGCUCGUUUCCGGUCUCCACAUGGCGGCUUUAUCCCUGAGCGACGAGAAGGUCGAGAUGGAAGGUGGCAAGGCGGUACCGACGCGCUCCGAGCGCCAGGAGAAGCUGGAGCAGAUCAGAAUCGCGUUCAUCAACCGGCUCCACGCGAACCGUCCGUGGGCGUACUACCUCAGCCUCUGCGAAGUUCUCAACUUCGUAAACGUCCUCGGACAAAUUUACGUGACCGACCUCUUCCUCGGCGGCGCCUUCCUCGGCCUCGGCGAAAGCGUCGCCCAGGCCGACUUCGGCGAAGCUAUGAAUCCCCUGGAUAUCGUUUUCCCAAAAGUCACCAAAUGCACCUUCCACAAGUACGGCCCUUCGGGCACCAUACAAAAACACGACGCCCUCUGCGUCAUGGCGCUCAACAUCGUCAACGAGAAGAUCUACACUUUCCUCUGGUUCUGGUUCAUCAUCCUCGCCAUCGUCACGGGCCUUGGCCUCGUUUGGAGAAUUCUCACGAUGCUCCUUCACGCGAGGAGCAAAGCUUUCAACAAGCUCGUAUUUUCGAUGGCUUGCCCCGGCAAGUACAAUCCCUGGAGCGUGUUGCGAGUAACGAACGAGUACUAUUUCGGCGACUGGUUGUUCCUGUACUACAUAGCAAAGAAUCUUGACAAUUACGCGUUCAAGGAUUUGCUGGAGCAGUUGGGCCACGACAUGGAGGAUCGUCGGGCGGCUCGUUUCCGGAGGACUUUUGGCAGCGUUACGGAGGAGGAGCCAUUGAAGCAGAGAACAGUGACGUCGAAAGACGUCGUAUAAAGAAGUAGGACGACGAGGAGGUUCGAUGGGAGGUCGCGAGAGUGUUGGACCGUUCGGCUCGGGGACGGCUCGUCGUCCGACCAUUUCCUUGGACGUUCACGGAACGUUAUUCGCGAUAAUAACGUACGCGCGGUUGAGAUUUUUCUUUCGCUUUACGGCUCUCGAGAGAAUCGAGGCAAGUGAGAGCGUUUUCGAUUGUUCAUUGACACGAAUGUCGGAGUGACGAUUGCUCGGGAGGCGUGACGUAUUUUCAGAAACAAUCGUUCAAUUAGUCACUGGAUGAGAGCACGCCCGGGCUGCGCGUUUCCCCGUGCGAGCCAGGGACCGGAAGUCGGGCGCGGGUCACUCGCGGCAUGUGAGUAACUCGCGGUAAUCGACGCGCGCAGCUAUAGCGACGGUCUUGAUUAAAAGCCGCGCGUAAGAGGAGCGAGCUCCGUGGCCUUUCGUCUUGCGUAAGAACGCGCGUUUCCUGUGAUAAAUUUUCAACCGAGUUACCUCUCGCCGCUACUAUUAUUCGCACCAAUAAAUGUUCCUCCGCUCGGCUAUUAUCCUCGAGAAAAACUCGCGCGGCGAUUAGCUCGUAAAUAAAUAUCCACGUUCUUCCGCCACAAACGCCGGUUUCACGCGCGAGUCGCGCGCGUCCUCGUGAUAUCCGUCGAAUCGCACUUUCCUUUUCUGCUGCGUUUCAACAGCUGGCCUUUUUCACUGUUCAUCCUCUCGUCGGUGUCGCCGAGCCGUGACGUCAUUGUAACGGGACGAGGGAAUCGCGAGACUUUAACCGUGCUCGUAGACAAAACCCACGAAAUCUCGAGCUCCUAACGCCUCGGAUGGACCAAUUUCCAGCUAUUUUAUUCGUCAACAUUCCAACCUGCCUUCCCAACAAAAUCCCAGUUAAUAAAAAUCGGUUCUCCGCGACUCGAUUCGACCAAAACCCGCUCGCCGCCCCGACCAUUUAGAGCCAUGCGAAUCGCGACGAGGCUCACAAAUUUUCGGGAGUUUGGCAUGCUCGUCAAACGCGUUAAUUGGACCUCAGCCUCCUUCCCCAUUGGCCUAAACACGAAACCCGUCUCGCCGCGAAGGCAGUCUGUGCGAAACCUGUUCGGUUUGAAGGUCCUAAUCGAUGUAUGCAAAUAUGCAAAUGGAAUUUACACGAUUGAGCCGGCUUCGCACAGUUUACUGCGAUUUGCAUACGUUUAGAGCCAAUGAUAGAGCAACAUCACUGUUAAUUUGUGGCUAAUCGUGCAGCCCGGAGAUAAAUGUAGGUUUACGAGUUAAGGGAGUUACUCCGCGCGGGAGCCGCAUUUUUUGGGUUUUUUCUCGAAUUUUUGCGGCGAGUAAAAAGAAGAUAAACUUUUGAAAUUUGAAGGGUUCGGUUAUUGGUAUUUCAAAUUUAUCUUCAAAUUUUCGAACUCUCAUAUCUCGCGUAGAAUUGAUGCAAAACUGCUCCAUGGGAACCCUCGUGUUUCUCCGCAAUUCCGGGGCAUUCGUUUGUCUUGGAUGGAAAAACCAAAGAGCGUUUUUAUUCGUAAAGUAAACAUAAAAAAUUGAAGGAUUUUCGCACUUUGAAAAAGACAAAAUUUCGACAAAGUUUCAACUUCAAACCGAAAUUUUGCGUUUCAAAGCCCGAUAGCUCUUCGAUUAUUAAUAUUCCUGCACGAUUUUAGUUCCAGCGAUGGCCGCACGGCACUAUAAAUCAAAAGGCUCUUUCGUUUUUGAUCUUUGUAGCGCAACACCGAACUUCCCCGGGAUAUCAGAGCUAGAAAAUUCUGUCAUAGAGUUGAAAUACCGAUAAAUAAACCCUUCGAAUUUAAAAAGUCUAUGUUUAUUUUCCUCGCCGCAAAACCAUCCCGAAAAAGCCCCAAAAAGUAGGCCCUUAAGCAGAAUCUUUUGCGAAACCGAAUGUUCGCCUUGCCCUUAAACUCAUUUAUUCGUUACUUUAUAUUUAUGCAAUUCUUAUUAUAUUUUCUAUUGAAGAACCUCUGGAAAUAAACGAAGUGACUGCGCGAGUGUGAAUCUUGCAUAAAGACUCAUGUUUCCUGUGAUAAAAAUCUCCGGCGACCUCGCGUCCGCGUCACUCUCGAAAGACCGAACGCGCUACGUCACGCGACGUUUUUUUCUCUACUUUUUUCUCGCUCUUGCUAUCAUCGAGGCCUCGGGCGAAUCAUUGUCCGCGUGGGUCUUUCGAUCCAGACCGCGAAUUGAGCGGGCUUGCAUGCGGAAUGCUGCACCGGCUCUCCCGAAGUGUUGGGAUUUUAAGCGCUUUUUUGCUCCGCUGGACGAGAGUUUCCGUGACGAGCGAAUGUUCGAGCGAGUCUCUUCGGCAUCGGCGCCGAGUUCUUUUUCAAGAGAGCAAAAAUCGAGGCAGAAGGUUGCGAAAUUUCAGGAGAACCGUUCCGUGAUAAUUUUCGCUUGUUUUUGACUUUUUCUAUUCGAGUUCGAAUAGAUGGACGCAUCGAACGACAUUUUUCGAGGAGAAGCAAAUCGACUGAGGCCCCCCAAGUAGGGCGAAUUUCCGUGCUGGUAACCGACGUUUUGUCACCUGAAAAAAAACGUUUAUUUUGAACAAUGGUCGAGCGAGAAAUCGACUCCUAUUUCCUGCUAUUGAGCCACACCCGGAAUACUUUUAAACACGAUCGGAGUCACGACGCCGGAAUUUUUCGUGUGUCGAAGAAGAAUUCGGUGCAACAGGUACGUACGGAGCGACGCUCGUGCCUCGACGCGACGAGGCGCACACACUUUGAAUCCUCAAUGUUCCGUCCUACCGCGACGAAACAAGUCGCUGCUGCCUUCUUUCGAUUCUCCCCAGGAUCCUCGUGGCCGAAAAAAGCCAUUUGGUUUUUAUCGAUUUUUUCGGCCGGAAUCGUCGACGAUUUUUUGCAGUGCCGACAGUUCGAUCUUCGAUCUUUUUUACACGAGUGUCGACGAGUCGAUUUUUAACUCAAAAUUUACCGACUUUAAUAGUUUUCUUAUAAAAAAAUAAUGAAAAAGAACGAAAAAAAACUGUCGAAAUGCAAUCGAUCCUUCAUCGAUUAUCGAUAUUUAUUGAAUUAAUGAAUUAAACGAAACAUU